AUGAGCGCUUUGUUGCCGAACUUGAAGGGAGGAAGCCUCACGAAGCCCUUCUUCGACUCCUUGGCGUGUCACGACGCCAUCGCCUCGGGUGCCAGUUGCCAGGUCUGCGAGACGAAGUUCAAACACUGCCGAGGGCAUUACGUCUACGAGCCCUUCACCGUGGUGUUCUUGGAGGCUCUGGUCACGGUGGCGCUGGGGGUCUUGGCGACCUUUUGCAUGCUCCCGGUUCGGCGUUCCGUGAGGCUCCUCUUCAACUGGUCAUCCAUCCGACGUGUUUUGCCUGUGGGCGCCACGUAUGCUUUGGGUGAUUUGAUGGACUUGGCUGCAGCCCGGAACGUGUCAGGUACCACCCUGCUGGUGGCGGCGCAACUGAGGUUACCUCUUUGUGCCCUGCUGCGUUGGAUUCUGCUGGGGCGGAACCAAUCCGCGCUGCAGUGGCUCAUGCUGUUGGUGAUCUCCUUCCUUUGUGUUGGGCAUGUGGUGCAUGAUUUGGGCGACACCAUGGCCGCUGGGCAGGUCGGGCACGAAGGCUCCUGGAUCGCUGCAUCACCGGAACAGCUGCUGGUCGCGCUGCCCUUGAUCUUGGGCAAGAGCUUGAUCAGCUGUGGUGGAGCGGUGCAUGCGGAGUACUUCUUGCAACGGGAUGCUGAAGAGGUGCCUUUGUGGGUGACCCAGGUGCAUUUCAAGUCCGCCACAAUGUUGGGGGCCUUAGGAGUGGCUUGGGCACAAGGCGCUGUGAGCGGCAAGAUCCUCUCCAACCGUUGGGACGGAGAGGUCUUUGGACAUUUGCCCGUAGGAGUCCUCCCUGGUGAUUGGAGGAUGCCCUUCUUUGGAGGCUGGGACUGCAAUACGUGGCUUUUAGCCGCCUGUUUGAUCCUCAACAACUUCCUGGUCGCCGACCAGAUGCGACGCCUCACCUCCGUCGCCAAGUACGUGGCCUAUGCUUUUGGGCUUGUUUUUAGCUAUCUCGCUCAGCUCUGUGAGGGACGAGAUUUGAGCUUCUUUCAAGCCUUCUCCUGCUUUGGCAUUGCCUUGAUGGCCGUUGCACCUCGGCCAAACCCAUGA